AUGGGAAAGAUGGUAGAAGGUGUCUUUGCAAUCAAUAAGCCCUGUGGCCUCAGCUCUGCUCAAGUCAUCCGCGACCUCCAAAAGCACUUCCAGCACUCCAAACUCUUCGAGCCCUACCUCUCCUUCGAAGCUGCCCAGCGGGAGCGCGUCUCUGCUAACCAAAAUAAAAGACGGCGCAACAAAGAAAUACGAGUAAAGAUUGGCCAUGGCGGCACCCUCGAUCCCCUCGCAACAGGCGUCCUCAUAACCGGCAUAGGGAAAGGCACAAAAUCCCUGCAAGACUUCUUAUUAUGCACGAAGACAUACGAAGCCGUGAUCUUAUUCGGCGCAAGCACAGAUACGUAUGAUCGGGUUGGCAGGGUUUUACGCCGCGCGCCUUAUGAGCAUCUCACACAGGAGAAGGUGGAGAAAGCGCUAGGGCAGUUUAGGGGGAAAUUCAUGCAAUUGCCACCGCUAUAUAGUGCGUUGAAGAUGAAUGGGAAACCGCUCUAUGAGUAUGCCAGGGAGGGGAAGCCAAUUCCGCGAGAAAUCGAACGUAGACCGGUUGACGUUUUGGAAUUGGAAUUGUUGGAGUGGAUGGAGGGAGGCACACAUAAUCAUAAAGCCCCGACGGAGACCGCCGGUCAUGCGGAGGUUAAACUCGCGGAUAUGCUGUGGGAGCAGGAGAAUGUCGUGCCUGCUGGAGGCAAACCUAAGAAGGCCGAGAAAAGGAAGCUGAGUGAGAGUCAGGAUGAGCUUGUUGUUGAGCGGCCGGCUUCUAAACAGCAGAAAUCGACUGAGGAACAACAAGCUACUAUGUCUGGAGCCCUGGAUCCUGCAUCUUCAACUCCUCUACCAGAAGCUGCCGAGACUGAACCUCAACCCGAAGCUGUCCAUGAAUCCUCCUCCCCCGAGCAAGUACCGGCCGCAACAGAGCCCACUCCACAAGCCGAGAACGAAUCUAAAGGACCACCUGCAGCACGCAUCCGCAUGACCGUAACAUCCGGCUUCUACGUCCGCUCCCUAUGUCACGAUCUUGGCGCUGCGGUGGGCUCCGCCGCCAUGAUGGCUGAACUGGAGCGCACAAGACAAGGAGAGUUUGAGGUGGGUAAAGACAAUGUAUUUGAGUACGAUGAUCUACAGAAAGGGGAGGAUGUAUGGGGCCCGAAGAUUGGUGGGUUACUCGAGGCGUGGGAGACCGGGAAGUAUGGCCAGAUAGCGAAAACUGAGAUAACGGAGGAGGACGUAAGUAUGGGUGAAGCCAAGGCAACAGAGGGCGAAGCAAAGGCAACAGAGGGUGAAGCGAAGGCAACGGAGGGUGAAGCAAAGGCAAUGGAGGGUGAAGCAAAGGCAACGGAAGCUGAAACUAAGGCAACGGAAGCUGAAGCCAAGGUAGUGGAAGGUGAACAAACGGAUGCUCCCAAGAGCGAAGAAAAACAGGAGUAA